UCUCUCUCUGCCUUGCACCGUUAACAACUAAACGCAAAGCACCAUGGAUAAAUCCAAAAGGUCAGGCAGAGCCCUGAUGGUUUCACUAUUUAUCAUCUCUCAGUUGUUGAUCAUAUCCACAAUUGGAGUUGGAGAAGCUGAUCAUGGUCCAAACGCUGUGGAAAGAGGCAUCAACUUUAAAACCUCUUUCGAAAAACUUACAUCUUUGAUCAAACUUGCUUGGCAUCAUUUCAAAAUCCCUGAUUCAGAGAGAAUUAAGGAAGGAGGGGCCAAUGCUAAAGCCGCAGGACAUGCAGCGCAUGAGCCUGGAGAGAAGGUCAAGAGAACCAUACCCCAUCAUGAUGGACAAGAGAACGAGCUCUGAUUAUAUCUACGAACUAGCUACUUAAUGAGGCUUUGUAACUAUAAUUAACGUCUGUAAGACUUCUCCUGUUGGAUUGUUUGUUUAUUCCAUCUUUAUUUCAUUCAUCAUUUGUUUA